UCCAGCGGCCGCCUGUGAGAAAGAUGCCACCGUUGUUCCACCGCCCCAGCCACCAAGUUCUUCUCUUUCUCUUGGUCCUGCUACUGCCCUCGCCAUUCCCGGCCCGCGCACCCGGGGCCCCGGGGCCUGCCGCCGCUCUGCUCCAGGCUCUCGGGCUGCGCGAUGCGCCCCAGGGUGCCCCCAAGCCCCGGCCCGUACCUCCCAUGAUGUGGCGCCUGUUUCGCCGCCGAGACCCCCAGGAGGCCAGAGUCAGACAGCGACAGACGCCCCCAGGGGCUCCCUUACGACCGUGCUACGUGGAGGAGCUGGGGGUCGCAGGAAACAUCGUGCGCCACGUCCUGGACCGCGGUGCGCACACCUGGACCCCAGAGCCCUCGGCCACAGGGCAGUGUCCCCAGUGGACUGCCAUCUUCGACCUCUCGGCUGUAGAACCUGCGGAGCUCAUGAGCCGAGUCCGCCUGGAGCUGCGCUUUGUGGCGGAGGAAAGGGCACCAGGGACGGCAGGCGGCUGGGAGCUGAGCGUGGCACGGGCGACCCAGGGUGUGGGCGUGGGCCCAGUACUGCUCCGCCAGGCGGUAGUCUCCUUGAGGAUGCCAGUGCGCGUAGAGCUGCUGGGCACUGCCUAUGCCCACAACACCUCAGUGCCACGCAGCCUCCAGCUGGUGCUGGCGCUGAGCCCCCUGGCCACCGGCACCUGCGCGUGUCUGGCCGAGGCCUCACUGUUGCUGGUGACUCUUGACCCGCGCCUGUGCCACCCACUAGCCCGGCCACGGCGCGAGGCGGAACCUUCAGUGGGCGGCGGCCCAGGGGGUUCGUGUCGCACGCGGAGGCUCUACGUGAGCUUCCGCGAGGUGGGUUGGCACCGCUGGGUCAUCGCACCGCGUGGCUUUCUGGCCAACUACUGCCAGGGCCAGUGCUCGCUGCCCGCCACGCUGCCGGGGCCCCGUGGGCCGCCUACACUCAACCACGCCGUGCUGCGCGCGCUCAUGCACUCAGCAGCUCCUGGCCCUGCCGGCCUGCCCUGCUGUGUUCCCGCGCGCCUGUCACCUAUCUCCGUGCUCUUCUUUGACAACAGCGACAACGUGGUUUUGAGACACUAUGAGGACAUGGUGGUGGACGAGUGUGGCUGUCGCUAAUAGAACAGCAUA